UUUCUUAAUAUUUUAGUUAUCAAACAAUAGAUAAGUCUUUGAAUUGCAAAAACAUCAUCCAAUUGUCAUAAUAUAAGACAUGGCUGUCAUUCAGGAGGUGAAAGAGUUGCCGAAAAACGAGACCGUAUUGAGGAAAUGGGUUUAUUAUGAUCUGAUAGUAUGUAUGGCCACUGCCAUAGCUGUAAUCAUAUGGUAUAGCAUACGAUAUAACAAAGCUCACGAUGACGACAGCUAUUCCACUCCGAUGUCUAUCCUUCAUAUUAUCGGAUAUGUGGCCUACGCUGUGGUUACCGGUAUCGCUAUGUACGGCACUCACUCUCAAAACAAGAAGUUCUUGUGGUGGUUUGUCAUCGGCUGUCUGGCCGUUAUAGUCGGCGAAAUCGUCUGCUUCUUCAUCAAUAUUGUCAUCAGUAGAGAAUCACAUAAAUAUGGUAUUAUAGUGUACGUCCUGAAGGUAUUGGUUCUGCUGGUUGUCAUUGUGUCGGCUAUUUUGGUCUAUUUGUUGAUACGAUUUAUCCAAAAGUCGGUUCCGUCUGACAUCGAAAAAGCCGAUAACAUUAAACCAUCGGCAGCCGCUACUGCGGCCAAUCAACCACCGAUAUCUGCUAAGGCUGACAAACCACCCGCUGCUCCCACCGCCGCCACCAACAAACAAAAAGCUGGAAAGGCAUAGACGUUAUCGGCAUAACUUUCUAAUGUCUUACUAAUGCUAUUAUUAUUUCUAUUAUUUAUUUUC